AGCAGAAGCCUGCUUCUCUCCAUCGCAGCUGCUGGCUGUGCCGUCCCUUUACGCAGAGAGUAUUACGCAUCAGUGGACUACAGAGCGAGGACCCCGCACGCUUUUUUGCGGCCAAAAGUAUUUUAGGAACCAUUCAUCACCCAUCCAUCCCGGACUGCUUUGGACCUAAACACAUCCCGCGUUUUACCAGAAGUCUGGACAACUAUUCUUUCCUUCCUCCCCUUUUCACCCUUGGAUCUAUAGCUCCCGAAACGCGCGCUAAGAUGCAAGUCGGACGCAAAUCGUGUUGGCGGCAAUUGCAGGCUUCUUUUUUCAGACUGCUGUGUCUUAUCCCCACAGGAUUCCCCGUCCGGAGUGUGGAUAUGCAGCGGGCCACCGACAACAUCACGAUCCGCCAGGGCGACACGGCGAUCAUAAGGUGUUACGUUGAUGACAAAGUGUCCAAGGUGGCCUGGCUCAAUCGAUCCAACAUCAUCUUUGCUGGUCAGGACAAGUGGUCCCUGGACCCCAGAGUAGAUCUGGUCACUAAAGGACAGCUGGAGUACAGCCUACGCAUACAAAAGGUGGAUGUGUAUGACGAGGGCUCAUACACCUGCUCCAUACAGACUAAGCAGCAGCCCAAGACCUCACAGGUCUACCUCAUUGUACAAGUUCCAGCCAACAUCUACAAGGUGUCAGAAGACAUUACGGUGAACGAGGGCAGUAACGUGACACUCAGUUGUUUGGCCAGUGGCAGACCAGACCCUGCAAUCACUUGGCGGCUGCUCAACCCCUCAGCGGAGCCGCUGGACGGAGAAGAAUACCUGGACAUUAUAGGUAUCAUGCGAAACCAAGCGGGUCGUUAUGAAUGCAAGGCCAGCAACGACGUCGCCACGCCUGAUGUCAAAUAUGUCAAUGUGGUUGUCAACUACCCUCCGACAAUAAAGAAAACCCAGAGCUCGGAGACUCCGGUGGGUCGCAUGGGAACGCUGCAGUGUGAUGCCACCGCUGUGCCCACACCAGAGUUUGAAUGGUACAGAGACGAAAAAAGGCUGUCCAAUUCCCAGGGCGUCAAUAUCCAAAUUCUUGGCACUACCACUAUUCUCAUGAUUGCCAAUGUCACUGAGGAGGAUUAUGGGAACUACACCUGCGUGGCCUCAAACCGACUGGGCGUCCAGAAUGCCAGCCUUUUCCUCUAUAGACCUGGGACAGGUCGAGAUAUCAACGGUUCUGCCUGUGUAUCUCAAUCACUGUGGCUCCUGCUAGCCUCCUGCGCCUGCCUUUUCUUCAAGUGUUAAUACGGCUGUCCUCCUCUUCCUCCUCUCCUCCCAUCCUGGCCUUCCUCCCUUCCCUUCCGUCUUCUUCUCUCCAACUCACCGACAUCCUUAUUGCUAUCUUAUUACCAACUUUUACCGCCCUCCCACCCCACCCCACCCCCCAGACUGUUUGCAUCAUGAUACAAAAACCUUACAGUAUGUGCUCUCCAGCACUGCUUACAGAUAUUAUGAAAAGCGAUGGGUUAUGAGUAAGAUGUUAUAGCAACAACUAAAAAAAAAAGAAAAAAAACAUUAAAUGAAGGACAGAACAAGCAAACAGUGCUCUUUUAAAGAAAUGGAUUGUUCUUUUUGAUUGGUAUGCACUUCUUUGUUUCUGCUAUAUCUUGUCUUCGGGGGUCUGGAUCAGGGCUGGGGUUUUGUUGCAUUUUUUUUGUCUUCAUGGCAAUGAAAACAGAGGCACACGGAUGCCAACAAUCAUUUGUCUCUAGAAGUGCUGAAGACAUGAGGUAUAUUUCUUCUUACUCCCAUAGAUGCGUUAUGUCAACUUAAAUUGUAGAUUUAACCAAGUGUUUAACCAGUGCAUUAAUGAGCAACAUGCAAACUCUCUGCCAAAUAUACAUAAAAAUACACAUCUGAAACUAACACAUACAAAAAUAAAAGGCAAGCUACUGCAGCUGAUUUUAUGAUGAGAUUAGAGUUUUGGUAUUAAAGUCUGUACUACCAUAAUUUGACGGUACUAAAUGGAAACACAGAUAUAGAGCAUUAGCCAGAUAUCUCUCCAAUCAAUGACAUUGUGUGUAGAUGCAGCAGUCAGUUGGGUUGUUUUGCAGUCGAGCCCAGAAAUCGAGGAUGCAGUUUAUAGAAUCGACUUGAUCCUGCUGAGCUAAACCAUGCAGAGUACAAACCCGAGGAAACUAGUUUAUCUGGUGAUGGAUAUCUACAUCCUCAUUCAGUGGCUUUUUGCAACCAACUCGCCUUUUAUCCCCAAAAAAAUCAUUUUUUUUCUUUUGCGAAUGGAAAACAAAAGAACACACAGUAGGUUACAAUGAUGCGUAGUGUACAUAGUAAAAUUUUGUAUUUCUCUACGAUAAGCAGCUUGUUCUGCCGCCGUAACAGCAGGAAACAGAGGGAACUGUUGCAGUGUACGUUGCUUGUUUGACAGCCAACCGUUGCUGUGCAGUUUGCCUGGGCUCUGCUGCAGGCUGCACCGCUACACACACUGUACCGCAUACAGUGUUUGCUUUUAGUUGAUGAGUUUUAGGAUCAUUCUUCUAUACUGCUGGAAUUUGGAUAAAAAAAAAAAAUGUAUGACACCAAUGAAUGACUUACUUUUUAGUUUUUCUCAAAAAGUAUGUGUGUUUUAAUAUGAAAUGAUACAGAAAAAUUCAUAAUAUAUUGAUAUUGAGGUCUUUUUUCUUUUGUCUUUACCUCAUUCAUUUUAGUUGUCUGUAUAUAUAUACUUGAAUCCGAUGUCCUUAUAUAUGAAAAGGCAAAUUUUAUGUGUCUGAAUAGGGUAGAAAUUUGUCGAGAAUUAAUGACUUGUAGAUCUCUUGAACCCUGAUCUAUCAUGUUGCCCGAAGCCCAUUAGACAAACGAUAUUUUAACAAAGGUCUAGCAUAUAAAGAAGAUAGUUCUGUGCAGUUGUCAUUGUACCUACAAGUGCAGGUUUAUAUGAUGUUGUACAGAAUGGAGUAUUAUGUUUAGCUCCUAAUGCUCCUCCAUACACCUGGAAUUCAGUAUGAGAGCAGAAACCAAAAUGAAUACUGAACGCAAUUUCCCUCAGCGGCCAUAAAGACCGCAUUGCUGACGGACCAAUUUUUACAAAACAAGACCAUUGAAUCACAUGUCCUUCGGCAGAUUUUCCCACUUCACUGAUUUCUUUAUGAACAAAAUAGUAAAAAUUAAUACUGUAAGUGUUGAUAUUUUGUAAAACUCACACGAAGAUCUUUCCAAGAGUGCAGUUCUUAGAGGAAGCAGCUCAGAGGCCAUAGCUGUUGACGAGACAUACUGAAGCUGGUGCACUAUUAGCCGCUUUUUUUGCCAUUUAUUUUGACCUACUGUGAGGUGACUAAUAGGACUCCAGUACCCGGCUCAGCUCCUCGACUGGAAGUGUGUUCGCAUCUCCGCUCCUCGAAACAACCAAGCCGAGAUAGUACUAGUACUGUAAAACACACGUGUAAUUAAUGUCAUCCUUGUCAUGAAAUAAAAGACUUGUUCCCAGUGUUUUUAGUGUAAAUGCUUCUGAGGCCAUGGCUGUGUGACAUUGUAGUGUUGGUAGCCAUAUGAUCCAGUCUAAUUUUCAUGAGUGAAAGUGUUAGAAGCAAAGACUGAAACCGGAAAAAAAAAAAACACACCACAAUUUCAAUCAAACCGAAGCAUUUCAACAGCUCAAACAGCAUUUCUGUCCGCUCUAUCAGUCACAACAAAAACAACAAUAUCUUACAAUCAGAUUUCUCAGUCUAAGACAGCUGCUUGUUCUUCUGCUUACGUCAUGCUUUUUUUAAUUUAUUUUUUACAACUGAAUAAGGGACUCCUGAUGUUUUUGUACUACAUUGGUAUUUCUGCAGACUCUCUGACUGCUUUUUAGCCUCUGGCUAGCCCAUACUUGAGGAUGUUACUGUAGUUUAUCAGCAACAGCUAUCUUCUUACUGUAAUAAGAAGCGAAUGAUCUGGAAGCUGUGGUGAAAUAGUUCUUCACGAUCAGUUUUCAUGAGAGCGCUCUGUGCUACAUGUCUAAUCCAGUAAGUCUGUCUGUCUCACCGUGUGUCAAAUUGGAAAAAUAAAAACUCAGGGCAGAGCAAGGCUGGCCUUGAUGGGCAGACUCAGACAGAGUUUUUUUUUUGUUUGUUUUGCUGGAGGAGACUCUGACAGAUAACCAGAGCAGGGUCUAAUUCUCCCAAAAUGUGGUCAGCGUUUGUUUUAACCUGCUGGAGAUGCAUGAUUACUGCAUUAAGACAAACAGUGUGUUAAUUCAUACUGUAAAUUGACUAAUGGCUCCCAAUUCAGGUGAUUUUCACGUGAGGCUGAGCUCACCAAUGUGGAUGUCUAAGUGCGUCCACGCAGGUUAAAACCGGCUAAAAAAGCACCAACUGACAUACUGAGACCACUGAUGUAAAAGCCAUUGGAGCUCUGUCUUAUCCAUAAAGCAGAAAGGAAUAAGGAGAUCUGUGUUUCCAUCGCCCAUACAGACCAACAGCCAGCCUGUGGACACUGCACCAACCCCCUGUAGACAGACGUGGAAAUCUACUGAAGACUGUAGAUACAGCUUUCUAGUUUACUCUUGAGCUUUGCCUCAAAACAUCGCCAUUGCUUCACUGUACAAAACUGGCUUAUGUACGUGCGUGUGCGUGUAGCCAUCUGAUUUUGUUCAUAUGAUUAACCUACCUUGAGAUUUACAUACACAUGAGGCAUGAGAUACAUGAUGAGUUGGCCCUGCUGCUAACUCUCUGCUUUCCGUUCAACUAUGGUUACAGUGGUAACCCUCUAUUUUCAAUUUAGACUCUUUUAUUUUUUUCUUUCCCUCCUCUCUGUGUAUAUACAGUAUUAUGUUUCUACAGUAGAAUGUUGUAAAGUCAGCGAAUCCAUAAGCUCGUGUUUAUACAACUCCACAUUUAAAGAUUUAAACAGCAAAUGUAACUAUCAUGUUUGUACUUCCCUUCCCUUUGUCAUGGGAAAUUAAGAUUCAAUCAUGAAUUAUGACACAGCAAAGUCCCGUUUUUUUUCUAUUUUAUUUUACUUUAUUAUGGCAUAAGGUAAUUGCAGUCAGUUUCUAAAAAAAUAUGUAAUAAAGGUAUAUGAGAACAUGUUAACAAAAUAAAGUUGUUUGAAUUCAGUGUUCUGUAUUUGAAUGUGACUUGAGAUGUCGGGGCAAGUAACCUCUUUUAUUUCUUUUUUUUUUGGACAUAGCUUGGAACACACGGAAUCUUUAUGGUACUGUUGUGUUAAUCACCAUGUAACAUGCAAAUAAAAUAAUAUAUGUAUUGUUA